AUGACAGUCACUUUUUCUUCUCCCUAUCUCCUUUUCCUUCUAUUUCUCUCUCUCUCUCUCUCCCUCUCUCUCUUUCUCUCUCUCUCUCUUUCUCUCUCUUACACACUCUAUCUCUCUCAGUUCAUCUCUCAAUAUAUCUAUCUAUCUUUCUCAUCAUAUUUUCCUUCGUUUCUUUUUUCUUGUCUUAUCUUCUUCGUAUUUUUCUUUUUCAUUCUUUUGUUCGAUUCUUUAUUUUUGGUUAUUUCUUUUCUCUUUCUUUAUUCUUUCUUCUUUUUCAUGUUUUAUUUGUCGUGUAUUUUCUUUAAAUAUUUUCUAAAAGUUCCUUCUUAUUUUUCCUUCGUUUAUUCUUCUUCAUUUAAUUCGUCCUUCUUUUUGUUUUUUUCUCAUUUUCCUUCUUUUCUUCGUUAUAUUCUUCUCUUUUUAUUUGCUUUUUUGUUAUUUUUUCUUCUUGUCACCAUUUUUUCUUCUUUUCUUCUUUUUCUCCUUUUAUACAUUUUCGUUUUUUCUUCGCUAUUUUCUUUUCUUUAA